AUGUUCGCCCUCUCCGAAGAGUCCAAGGAGCGCAUUGGCAAGAUCAUUGAGAUCUCCCGUAUUGCCAUCCACUACGGAUACCUCCCUCUCGUUCUCUACCUCGGCUACACCCGCAGCGAGCCCCGUCCCGCUUUCAUCCGCCUUAUUUCUCCCCUCUCUUAG